AUAUGCAUUUCUUGGAAUUUUAUUUGUUUAGCAAUCCCUCAUCUUGGCAGUAGGCUGGUUAACCGGCUGGCUCACGAUGGUAACCCAUACUGCAGGAAUAUGGAGGAUACGUGGGGUUGCCACCAGACAUCUUAUUGGAGACGAGACACUCAGCACUCAAGGCCCAGUUGGUGGCAGGCUAAUGUCAAGGCAACAAAACAGGGAAACGGAACUGUGUAUAGAACACAUGGCUUAGAGAUGCUUGAUUAGAUCUUUCUUGCCACUUUACAUGUAUAUUAUUCCGACUUAGAUACGAGUUGUGUGUAAUAUCUGUACGCGAAUACUUUUAGUCUUUAGUAGGUAUUAAAUAGAGUGAAAUAAAUUAUAAUUCCAGAUUUAAAAUGGCGCUUGGACGAGGAAAGUUGAUCGGUGUUAUUGGAGACGAAGAUACAUGUGUAGGUUUCCUUCUUGGUGGUAUUGGUGAGCUGAAUAAGAACCGACAACCUAACUUUAUGGUGGUAGACAAAAAUACUUCAACAUCUGAUAUAGAGGAUUGUCUUAAAGAAUUUAUUCGCAGAGACGAUAUCGAUAUAAUUCUGAUAAACCAGUCUGUUGCUGAACUUGUCCGUCAUGUCUUGGACUCUCAUACUGCGGCUCUACCCGCUAUACUGGAGAUACCAAGCAAGGAUGCUCCGUAUGACCCUGCUAAGGACAGUAUCCUGCGAAGAGCCAAGGGAAUGUUCUCAGCUGAAGAUCUCAAAUAAUCAAACCAACUCUGAAAUAAGUUCAAUGUUCUUCAUGUUAGAAGAUUUUAUUUUAUUCUUUGUCACUAGUGUUUCAUAUUCAUGUUCUAGUUUGUAGCCAAUAUUUUGAUUGUGUGCAAAAAAUUACUGAACGCUUGUUCAAUAGUGAGUUUUUGGAUCUGAGGCAUUUUUUAUGAUUGUGAUUAAUUUACAUUUUGAAGUAGAAAAUAUUUAUUAUGAUAAUUUAUAUUGAUAUAUUAAUUUUUGGGACUAUAUUUACUGAAAAGGGUUGAGAGAUGUUUAUUUUCCUUCCCCCCCCACCCUCCCUUUAUUUGUUCACGGUUUUUGAGGAAUUAUUUUUGGAAUAAAAUUUGCUACAUUUAGUUUUUCAAUUUUACUUCAGAAUCUUGUUAAUAUUAUUCCCUGAUUCCAUUCAUUUUCACUUGUUAAAAUGCAUCAUGUUAAGAACUGCGAAAGGAUUUCACCUUCACCAGCUACCUAGCUACCCGGAGGGGAGAACCCACCCCCCGAGUAGCUUGGUACCGAUCCUUGGGAGGGGGUGGGAAGUGUUAGGAAGUAAUACACAUACUCAGAACUUCUUUAGUAACUGUUAUUUAUGUGAUUUUUACAAAAAAAAACUAUUUCUCCGAAUCAAUAAUAACUUUUACUUGAUAAA